AGCGGAAGCUCGGGAAUUAGGGGAAAGGGCAGGGGCGUGGCUUCGCGGAGCACCGCCCACAUCCUUAAGGCCUGGCUGGGGUUGGCAGCGAGGUGUCGCCCAGAAAGCCGGAGGACUGCGGGAUUUCGUUAUGGCGCUGCUGCGAGGUGUGUUUAUUGUUGCUGCUAAGCGAACACCCUUUGGAGCUUACGGGGGUCUUCUCAAGGAUUUCUCUGCUACUGACUUAACUGAAUUUGCUGCCAGGGCUGCCCUCUCUGCUGGUAAAGUCCCACCUGAAACCAUUGACAGUGUCAUCGUAGGCAAUGUCGCGCAGAGUUCCUCAGAUGCUAUAUACCUGGCGAGGCAUGUGGGUUUACGAGUGGGAGUUCCAACAGAGACUGGAGCCCUCACUCUCAACAGACUCUGCGGCUCUGGUUUCCAGUCUAUUGUGAGUGGAUGUCAGGAAAUCUGUGUGAAAGAUGCUGAGGUUGUUUUGUGUGGAGGGACAGAAAGCAUGAGCCAGGCUCCCUACUGUGUCAGAAACAUGCGCUUUGGAACCAAAUUUGGAUUGGAUCUCAAGCUGGAAGAUACUUUAUGGGCGGGAUUAACAGAUCAGCAUGUUAAACUGCCCAUGGGACUUACUGCAGAGAAUCUUGCUGCAAAACACAGCAUAAGCAGAGAAGACUGUGACAGAUACGCCCUGCAGUCCCAGCAGAGGUGGAAAGCUGCUAAUGAUGCUGGCUACUUUAAUGAGGAAAUGGCACCAAUUGAGGUGAAGACAAAGAAAGGCAAACAAACAAUGCAAGUGGAUGAGCAUGCUCGGCCCCAAACAACCCUGGAGCAGCUACAGAAACUGCCUCCAGUGUUCAAGAAAGAGGGAACUGUCACUGCAGGGAACGCAUCGGGGGUAUCUGAUGGUGCUGGAGCUGUCAUCAUAGCUAGUGAAGAUGCUGUUAAAAAACAUAACUUCACACCACUAGCCAGAGUUGUCAGCUACUUUGUGUCUGGAUGCGAUCCCUCUAUCAUGGGUAUCGGUCCUGUCCCUGCUAUCAGUGGGGCAUUGAAGAAAGCUGGACUAAGUCUUAAGGACAUGGAUUUGAUAGAGGUGAAUGAAGCUUUUGCUCCUCAGUACUUGGCUGUUCAGAAGACCCUGAAUCUUGACCCAAGUAAAACCAAUGUGAAUGGAGGAGCCAUUGCUCUGGGUCACCCACUGGGAGGAUCUGGAUCAAGAAUCACUGCACACCUGGUUCAUGAAUUAAGGCGUCGAGGCGGAAAAUAUGCUGUGGGAUCUGCUUGCAUUGGCGGUGGCCAAGGCAUUGCUGUGAUCAUUCAGAACACAGCCUGAAGAGCCUACGAGCACACUGCCACCUUCACACAAGCCACAAGACCACAAGUGACCUUCAGAGCAGCUGCCACACUGGCUGGGGCCUGCCACCAAAGCAGUGAUUGAGUGUGAUCAUACCUUGACACCUUGGUGAGGCAGAAUGCAUUAGGUUUUAUCUGCUUUGUACCAUGGAAGGCCUUAAAAGAAACGGUGUCCUUGCCAAAGAACCACCAUUCAUGCCUUAGAUAAUGGAUUACAAACUGAAUAAAUGUUGCCUUAACUUCA